UUACAGCCAGAUUUGUCAACACCAGGGGUUGAUAUUGUAGCUGCAUGGUCUUUAGCUUCACCAGUUUCCCGAAAUAGAGGCGAUAAUAGAUGGGUUCCAUUUAACAUAAUCUCAGGCACAUCAAUGGCUUGUCCCCAUGUUUCUGCCGCAGCUGCGUACAUUAAAUCUUUCCAUCCCACUUGGUCUCCUUCUGCUAUCAAAUCUUCCCUUAUCACUACAGCUUCCCCUAUGAGUUCAGGCAUGAACUCGGACGCUGAGUUUGCAUACGGAUCAGGCCAUUUGAACCCAAUCAAAGCUAUAAAUCCAGGCUUAAUCUACGAUUCCAAUGAAGUUGAUUACAUAAAUUUUUUAUGCGGACAAGGAUAUGACACUCGGUUUCUUCGACAAGUUACUAGGGAUAAUGCAACAUGUUCUGCAGCAACAAAUGGAACAGUACUUUCGGAUCUACACUAUCCUUCAUUUGCUGUUUUCACUUCUUCUUCAACAACUGUUCGUCGUGUUUUCAAUAGAACUGUUACGAAUGUGGGAUCUCCGAUGGCGACGUAUAGAGCAAGAGUGAGUUUUCGGACAAGAACAGCUAGAGUCCGAGUUAACCCUAAUGUUUUGUCGUUUACAUCUGUGGGACAAAAGCUGUCUUUUCAAGUAAUAAUUGAAGGAACAAUGGAUGCAUCUAUGGUUUCUGGUUCUUUAGUGUGGGAUGAUGGUGUGCAUAAAGCGAGGAGUCCAAUAGUUGUAUUUGCUUCAAUAUCAUAGCUGUGAAAACCUGAAAUUUGAAAAGGCUAAACUACCAAAAGUGCCCUUGAAGUAGAUUACAUUCAUUAAAUAAGUCCCUAUAUUUUUUGUUGUACCCAAAUAAGUUAUUAUACUUUUAUUUGUAUUUGAAUUAGCUCUUAUUGUAAAUGAAAUAAUGAUUUAUAUUAAGAGUUUUAUUUAGAUAUAACUUAAAUUUC